CUACUAAGCUCCGAUUAUUCCAACGCUAUCGUGCAUGAAAAAGGCAUAACUAAACAAAAAUAACGUUGGAAGCCUUCUAUUUAAAAGAAGCAAGAGGGAAUAGACAAUAUUUAAGAAAAAAAUGAAAGGAAAAUACAGAUAUUUCUUAGUUUUUCUGAGCGUUUUGGUUUGGAAAUUGGGUGCGAUGCAAAUAAGAAAAAAGGCGAGCAUGACGAGGGAGUACAACUAUGCUGCUUCACAACAUUUGACAAGCACGAUACCAGGAUACGAAGCAGGUGCAAAAUCCUCUCUAUAUAACGGUGUUCCCUCACAACACCAUAAAACUACCGCCUUACAGUCUCUUCUCACAGAUUCACUCUGGACGCCCGUUGAAUAUGAUCACAAUAGGAGGCUCCAAUUCUGCUGGGGGAGGAGUCAAGAAUACCAAUCAACUGUUUUACAAUCUAUUCACUGAUUGGUGGAAUAGAAACAUCUACGCCAUGAGUGAAUCACAGCUGACGUCACACUCAAUGGCCAUCGGCGGAACCAGUAGUGAUUUUUUUUCUUUCUGUUUUCAAAACCUCUUACCCAAGGAGCAACCAGACAUGGUAUUGGUCGAAUUGUCUGUUAAUGAUUAUGGAUAUAGAUAUGGCGAGGCUGCUAAGCCCAUGGAGCUAUUGACUCGUAGACUUCUUUCACUGCCGUCGAAACCCCUCGUGAUGUAUGUGCACGUGGUCAAUAGAGGUGUGUUUGGGAAUGAUGUCACAAACCCUGACUGUUUAAACAUGGAAGACCUUGGAUUUACWCMGCUAGCAGAGCAUUAUGGGAUAAUGUCUUUUAGCAUGCGCAAUUUUGUAUGUCMGCUGACCUGUUCUGGCAAGCGGCAGAAAAUGAGAGCUGAGCCUAAUAUGUUCAGUACGGAUGGGACAGCGCACAUUGGCUUCAGAGCACAUGCGCUAAUUGCAUCCAUGCUGAUAGACUAUUUCAAUAAGAGCCUUUCCAACUAUAAAUUUUUCAACAGAAGCAACCAAGGUUUUCGGACAAAAAUAGAACAGAAUCCACUGAUCAAUCCAUUGUUUUUAGACUCUUAUAUGACUAAUUUUGAAUUAACUAGCGCCUUGUGUUUGUCAUAUCUAACGCCGAAUUGGAAAAUCCCUCUCAAACAAACGCUCACUGCUAACAUCAGUCAGUCUGUAGGUUUUGUUUUYGUUCCCCCGAGCAAAUCCAUUCGUCAGUACACACCUCACGGUGCAAAGAGAUCUGAYGCUUCGGCGGGAUGGUCCAGYCAAUCAAGUAACAGUUUUUUACAAGUUCAAUUCGAAGUCCCUAGCAGAGAAUCACCCUUGAGUUCAGUGACUGUCAUCUUACWGAAUGUUCCCGCGACGACAUCUGUCGAAAUGUGGCUUAACGACGAACGCUCUUCUUCAGUAAAAAUCAACAAGGWCAUUAAAUGUAAUGCUACAAGGUUACGGACUCAUAUGUACCCCAUAGCAACCAAUAUAUCUCCUGGUUUAUACACCCUUAAUAUUUUAUCGAGGCUAGAAGGGAGGGUUAKGUUCAGCGGGCUCGUGAUUGGAUAUCCUGGUUACCAUGACUACGAGGGCUAUAAACCUUUAGAUGUGCGAUACAGUGURUGGAGCCUUAGGGAUUACCAGAGAUGGCGCUGUUGACAACAUCGGAGGACACUAAAUAACCAUGAGAACCAUGAUUAURUCUCCUUAUYACUAUGGUUACCGGAGCCAWACAUGUAACCAUAGUAACMAUAGUAACMAUAGUAACGACAGUAACCAUAGUAAACAUAGUAACUAUA